AUGGGUUUCCCUGAAAGAUGUAAGAACCACCAAAAUCACAAUGAAAAGCAAGGGGUUUGCGCUUCGUGUUUAAGAGAGAGAUUAUCUCUUCUUUCUUCCGCUUCAUACAAUGAAGUUAAUUCCAUACUUUUCGCUUCUUCCUCUCCGUCGCCGUAUUUUUCUCCCGCCGACGACUCUUCUCUUCCGACUUCGACCACCGCUUCCUCCGCCGUCUCUCAACAUCGCAAGCGGGAUGGUUUCGGCGGGACGGGAAUAAAGGGGCUGUUUCCAUCGUCUUCAUUGUCAACGACUUCGUCGUCGUCGAUCAUGGUGAAGCUCGGUAGUAUUAAGGGUUUGAAGAAGAGCAGAUCGGUUGUGUUGGUGACAAGGAACGCGGAGGAAGAAGAUGCUCUGAACGAGAAGAACAAGAGAAAAGGGUUUUGGUCUAAGCUGCUGAGUUUCAAAGGGAAGAAGAAUCCUCUCACGCAUUCAAGGAGUAUGAGAUUAAUGAUUGGUAGAGUUAAUCAAAUUUUCUAG